AUGUCAAAACUGUGUGGUUUGAACGUAGUUCAGCUACGAGAAGAACUACAGAAACAAAGCCUUGUCACAAGUGGCAACAAAGAAGUACUAGUAGCACGUCUGAGAGAAGCUCUCAUUGACGAAGGUAAGAACCCAGACAAAUUCAAGUUUGAUGGUGCUGACGAAGACAAUGAAAUUAGCACAGGCACGUUUACAACCGCUAAAAUGAUGGAACUUCUGCUUAGUAUGUCAACUGAAAUAAAACAACAGAUCAAAGAACAGUCCGAACGACAGUUCGAACGACAGACAAAGGAGUUAAAACAGAUCAAAGAACAGUCCGAACGACAGUCCGAACGACAGACAGAAGAGUUAAAACAACAGAUCAAGGAACAGUCCGAACGACAGACAGAGGAGUUAAAACAGAUCAAGAACCAGCUAAAACACGUAAAAUUGGAAGUGGCAGAACAGAUUGAAGAACAGUCAACAAGAAUAGAAAUGAUCGAGCAGAAACUUGAUCGUCAGACCGUUGAGGUAGAUCACAAGAUAAACAAAUUGAAGCGAGAAUUGAAGCAAUCCAAAGAAAUGGCCAUGCCGUUAGAUCACGCAUCCGGAAGAACUUUGAAGGUACCAGCAUUUGACGGAGAGAUGUCCUGGAACGUUUAUAAAACCCAGUUCGAAGCAGCGGCAACUAGUAAAUGUUGGAACGGAAAAGAACGAGCAACAGCACUGAUACUGGCCUUGCGAGGUUCAGCAGCAGAGGUUCUUCAGACGAUUCCGGCGGAGAACCACUUCAACUAUGAAGUUCUGGUUAGCGCGUUGGAUUUACGUUAUGGUGAAAAACACAUGAAACAGAUUUAUCGGUCUCAACUUAGAAACAGAAUGCAACGAUCUGGUGAAUCCAUUCAGCAGCUGGCACAAGAUAUCGAACGGUUGACAUUGCUGUCGUAUCCGACAUCAGACCCCGAGCAUAGAGACGAAACUGCCCUGGAUACGUUUAUCAAAGCUCUUCGUGAUUCGGAACUUAAGCAAUCCCUUCUCUUGUCAGAUAAACGAAACCUCAACAGCAUGGUGUACCCCAAUGCUGGAUUUGUGGGGAAAAAGGCCAUCUACGUCCUGAUUGUAAACACCGCCUAA